AUGGCUGGAACUCCACAUCCUUUUCCACAGGUUUUUCUUCUAAUCAAUCUCCAGCCGGUAACUUCCAAUUCUGUUCCUGUUACUUCUCAGUCAGGUGGUCAAGGUCCUACAGGAGGAGGAAACGGAGGUGCAGGUGACUCCAUAAACAGUUCUCAGUCUAAUACUAGUGGCCCUACUAUUAGAGGAAGUUCAGGAAUGCCAAAUGAUUCAGCUCCACAAACAACUCAAGCUUCCAGGGAUAUCAAUACAGCUAGUUUGUGUAAAAUAGGUCAAGAAACAGUUCAAGAUAUUGUAUCGAGAACACAAGAAAUUUUUCAAACUUUAAAGACUAUACAGAGUUUAAUACCGUUAAAAGAAGAAUGGGAUAUGAAAAGCGAAGAAAGAAAAAAUUCAGAAGCAUAUAGGCAAGCAAGCGAAGAAUGUAAAGAAUUAAUGGAACAAGUUGCAUUAAAAAAUAAACAUUUAAAAGAAAUAGUCGAUCACCUUCGUAGAAUAAUAUGGGAAAUAAACACAAUGCUCGCCAUGAGAAGAUCCUAA